AUGUCAUUUUAAUAAAAAUAAAGUGGACUUAAAUGUUGGGAUUCCUUUUGCGACUUAACUCUGAAAUAAAUGGAAGUAAUUCCUUUCCCGAUUACGAGUUGUUCUGAUUUAUGUUCUUGUCAAAUUUGCAAUAAGAAAUAGCAAGAAAUAAAAGAACCGGAAGAAUAAAAGAAAUGUUAAAUAAUAAUUAACAAACCAAGACAAAGAAGGUUUUCAAUAUGUGGAUUUAAAGAUGAUUUGCUUACAAUCAGUCAAAUGUUAUAGAAAUAAGAUGAAGCUGUUAGACCAAUAAAUAUUAACAUUUUAGAUACAAUUAUUUUAAAAGACAGAGAAUUUGUAUUUUAUGCAUUUUAUGAUAAUGGCUUCAAAUGCAUAAAAAACAAAUCCUUUUUUCAUACAGAAAUGGAAAAAUAUCUUCUUGAUAGAAAAAUUGAGUUUGAAAUUAAUAAUUAAAUUAAGCAAAUCAAAGCAGGCGUUCAUCCUACCAUCAAAUUUUCUUAGUAUCAUGAAAAUAGUAAUUCAGUAACUGCUAAAUUAAAAUAGUAAAUUUCUGAUUUAUUGAAUGGAUAAAGUAUUCUAAUGGCAAGAUAUCAGACCGGUGAAACAACUUUAAUUGGAAAAUUCGAAUUGCAUUAAUUAUCAGUUCUAUCUAAAACAAAUGCUAUAUUUGAUAAUCUACUUCAUUUAUAAUUAUAUCUUUACAAUGAAAAGUCAGCUUUAGAUUCUAUUGAAAUUAAUAAAAGAAAUCCUAAAGAUUAUUUUAUUCAUAGAUAUAAAUACAUAAAAGACAAUUUUCUAUUUGAUGAUAUAGCAUAUGAACUGUCGUUUCUUACAGAUCCUUCACUUCGAGGUUAAAAAUAAUGGAAUAAAGAAAAAGAAUAUUCAGAUAGUUUAGAUUUGAAAGAGUAUUUUAAAUACACUUGCCAUAAAAUAGCCGUUUAUAUAUAAAGCUUUCAUAAAUUAUGUAUAAAUGAGAUGGAAGUUCAUUUUACUGUCAAUAACCCUAAAAACAUUUCAAUUAUCAAUAUAAUUGGAUUAAAAAUGUCAAAAGCUGAAGAAACUUAAUGGAUAAUCAAAACUGCCAGAAUGCUUAGUACAGCAGAGAAAAUCCAAAUUAAUAAUGUGGAUAUAAAUGAAAAUAACAAGCCUUAAAAAACGUAAAGAUCCUUAAUUGUCUCUUAAUCACUAACACAUCAUACCAAAAAAGUAAUUGAAAAGAUUAAGCCUAUCACAGCUUAAGUAAUGGAUAAUAACAGGUAAGGUACAAGAACAUAAGAUGUUUUUAAAACACUGAAUCCUGAAACAAAUGAAUCUAUUAAUUAAAUAUUAGAGAAUUAGUAGUAUUAAAAAAUGAUGAAAAAUUUCCCGAAAUAAUUAAAAAGGCAUGUGAGUAUAUAGAGAGAUUCACCAAUUAAGCCUAGAAUGGAUGAAUUGCCUCUUACCUCUUAUAGAGAUGUUUAAAUAGAAGAUUAUAUAUUUAAAUCUAGAUUAAAAAGGAAACCUUAAAUCAUCAACUCACCCUUUCUUAGGAGUAUUUCAAGAAGAUUUUUUACGAGGAGAAAUUCAGUUGGCUUUUGUUGA